GUAAAAACAUUUUAGGGAAACCACAUGGUGUUUCACUUCAGCUGUGAAGGUAAAAACGACAGCGUUUUCUUCUAACGCCAUUUUACGUUUCCAAGUUCCAAGCCUCGAUUCAAUGGUGAAACCCUAGCAUCACUUUCAUAAUAUUGAUCUCCGUUCAGGCUGAGAGAAUCAGUUAUGGUUCUCUCCUUUGAUUUGCAGGAUUUUAUUAUCCGUGCUCGAGUGUUGAAGUUGUACAGACAAGCUCUAAGAACGGCUCGAAGAGCCCCUGAACAAGCUAGAGCUGAAUUGAAGCAGACAAUGAGAGAAGAGAUGGAGAAACAUCGUGACUGCAACGACAAACAGAAGAUUCGAUACUUGAUUAGUGAAGGUUUAGAGAGACUAAAAGGUCUGAAUGAGAUGCUUGACAUGCAGGGUCACUCUUAGAAACUGCAUUUGGAAUGUCCAUGGACAUGAAACUGAUGGAAUAUAGAGAAAUGGCAGGCUGCGAAGGUUAGAGUUCUGUUUUUGCACUUUUUGCAGUUUUAGUCUCUGUAUGUUUCAUUGGAACUGGUAUUUUCCCCUUUUUAUCUUGGAUUAUCAAUGUGCUUAUUGUUGUGAUCUUGAUAUUGUAUCCAUUCUGCUAAACUGUCCUGUUACCUUGGUUUGUUACAGUGGCUGUAAUACAUGCAAUCAUGCAUGCAUUUGAUUUUGAUCCCAAA